AUGGCCAUGCUUGAGGAGCCCGCAGCAGCUGCGGCCGCAACGCCUGAGCUCAAGAAGGCGGCCACCGCAGUCACAGACACGAGCAGCUCCAGCAGCGGCAGCGACAGCGAGAAGCCGCCGCAGCGCAAGCCCGCGGACAAGAAGCAGCAGCACCAGCAGCACCGCGAGUCGCAGGACACGCGUCGCUCCGUGCGCGCCGACUCGCUGGGCGUCGACCGCAGCUCGCGCCCGCACUACAAGGAGGGCAUCCGCCUGGCCGAGAUGGGCAAGUGGACCACGCUCAUCGACCGCGUGGCGUCCGAGCCGCAGCUCGCGCGCCACAAGGACCACCAUGGCAUGCUGCCGCUGCACUGGGCCUGCACAGAGGACGACACGCCCCCCAAAGCCGUGCGCGCGCUGCUCGCGGCCUUCCCCGAGGCCGUCAUCACCAAAAACAACGCGCAGUACCUGCCCAUCCACAUCGCCGUCAAGGCGCGCGCGCCGCUCGAGACGCUGCGGUUGCUCGUGGACGCGCGCCCCAGCUCGCUCAUGGAGGAGACGCCCGCGGGCAAGACGGUCAUUCAGCUCGCCAAGGAGAUGCAGCUCCCCCAGGGCGCCAUGGAGAUGCUCCAGCGCGCGGAGCAGGACUACCUGGACCUAAGCGAGGACGACGACGAGGCCUUCGACUACGAAGAUGUCAAGAGGGAGAUCGAGAUGCAGAGCCAGCUGCUGCGCGAGAGCAUGCUGCACCCGCCGUCCAUGAGCGGCCCGAACGCGUCGCUGCCGCCGUCCAACCCGAUCGGCGCGGCCUUCGACCUCAGCGCCUCGACAAACCCGUUCGAGCACAGCCAGAACAUGGUGACGACACUCAGCUUUGUGGACGGCACGCUGGUGCAGUCGCAGUCCAACUUGUCCAAGACGGUGCCCAUUCCUCGGAAGAACGACGGCAAUACUACCACCACCACGCAGCCGUUGGUGACCGACACGCUGUCCCCUCCUACUGCGUCGCCGUCUGUGCAGGCGCAUGGUCCGCCUGCGUUGGGGCCUGCACGCUCUAAGAGCGCGCGCGAGAUACCGGCAGCUCCAGCUCCCGCUAACUUUGAUGAUUCUGCUUACGGCCGACCAAUUUAUGAGCCCGACCACAACGCAGGUGUGUGCGGCGUGUGCUACAAGAAGUUCUCCAUGUUCCGCAAGAAGUAUCAGUGCAAGGGCUGCUUCACGUACUUGUGCAAGAAGCACGUGGCUGGCAAGAUCAUGCUGCCCAACUACUCCAAGAAGCGAUCGGUCUGUGGUGACUGCUACCGCAUCCACCGCAACGGCCCCAUGUCGGCCAACACCGCGUCAGGUGCGGCCGGCCGGGCAGCCCGUGCGUCUGGAAGUCAGGUGUCUAAUACUGGUCCUCCGACUGACAAGAAGGGUCCGAACCUGCGCACCAAAACGUCGCUGCCGCCUCCGUCGACGGUGUCGGCACCUUCGACGGUACCCGAAGCAACGGACACGAUCAGCAACAACAGCAUGCUAUACAACAGCUCACGCCCCAGCAACCCGCUCGGAUCUCGUAUGAACGGCGCGCGCACGACUCGCGCCGAGUCCACGCACUCAAUGAUGGGCCGCCCCUCGAACGUCCCCGGCCCGCAGAUGAACCUACGCUACAGCACAAACACCGCCGGUGCACGGCCGAACCGCGUGGCGAGCGGUGGCCGUACGCACGGCAGCAACACGGCCAUCAGCGACACGACUGUGAGUCUUACGGACAGCGACCACCAGACCGCGGACGUGAGUGCGCUGCAGCACCGCAUCGCGACGCUGGAGGAGUGCAACAAGAUUCUGAUGACCCGCGUGGCGGACCAAGAGAAGCAGUACAACGAGGCCAUGCUGCUGCUCACCACGACGAUGACGCGCGUGGCCGAGAUGGAGAUCCGUCUGCCUACGGAGCAGCGCAAGUCGUACCGCGGCACGGGCGGCUCGACGACUGCGUCGGAGAGGGCGUCCGAGUCGGACAACAACGAGAAGUUCUCCUUCCCGACCCCGUUUGUGGAGAAGUACGAUUGA